AUGUUAGCACGAUCUGCACCCGUCUGUCUUGCCUCUCCCUGUUUUACACAUCCCGCUUCUCCAUGCCUUAACAUCCCUCUUUCUUUUAAUCGUAUCAUCCCCUUCCAAUUUAUAACACCCCCUCUCCCUGUCUCCACACACCAACCUUCACUCCCUCUUCCCACACGUCUCUUCCUCGCUGCCAGCGAUCUGAGCGGCAAUCUCUUUGAGGGACGCCUGGACGAGGUUGCCACACACCUUCGCCUUCUCACUUCCCUCCAGUCCAUGUGCGUUGCUCUGACCAUCUGUUCUCUUACCGCAUGUGCUCCAGGCACAUGUGCUCUCACCACCUGUGCUCUCAGCACCAGCAUCUGUGCUAUCAAGUCUGUCGUUCGUUUGUCUCUUGGACUUGUGCUUCAGCAUGCUGCCUUCUCCAGAUUUCUCCUACUAAUGCCCAUCCCCCUUCCACCCAGCUUGUGCAUUGCUCUCACGACCUGUGCUCCCACCGCCUGUGCUGCAAGCACAUGUGAUCUCAGCAAGACUUCACCAGCUGCUGUGCUGCCAGAUACAGUGGUCGUUUGUCCCUUGCACUUGUGCUUCGGCAUGCUGCCAUUCAUGGAAGCAGAAUUUCACAGGCAGCCUUGCACCGCGCUGGGCUUCAACUACCUGACGGGCUCGCUGCCUGGCAGCAUAGCGGCGCCUCUCAAGGCUCUGGACGUGCAGUUCAACUUCCUUGCCGGCUCCUUCCCUGCCCUCGGCCUCGCCUUCUGCUCCGCCCGCAUCAACUGCUUUGCUUCCACCGCUAACUGCAAGCACCCCACAAGGCCCGCUGAGAUCCCGCGCGCAGCAGCCGCCUGUGCCAUCUGCAACACCACGAACGCUCAGGGCAAGCUCUGCAGCAACAUCAUUGGUGGUGGGAUCUGCAGCGUCACUCCUCCUCCCUCGCUCCUGCUCCCACCAGCCACACCCAACAGUGCCUCAUCGCCCGUGCUCCCUCUGGUCUGCACCGCUGCUGCAAGUGUGCCCAUGGAUGCGACUCAAGCCGUGGCGCUGAUGAAUGUGAAGGUGGCGCUGGGAGUGUCGUUUCCAGAUUGGCGGGUCGAUGCCCUCUGCACCCUCGUGGGCUCGCCCUCCCCGGCUCCCGGCACGUGGAAUGGCGUCGCCUGUGACGAUUCCGGAAAAGUUCUCCGAGUGUCGCUCAAGGGGCAGGGCCUCACAGGGAGCAUCCACUCGGAGAUCUCCAAGCUCACCACCCUCACCUUGCUUGACCUGCAGUCCAACCAGCUGGAAGGCAAGAUGGACGCCUUCACUGCCAACAUCAAGGCGCCUCUUGUGCUCAAGGAGCUCUACCUGCACUACAACUACCUCUAUGGCAUCUUCCCCUUGGCCCUCCUCGCCAUCAAAACCCUCUCAACACUCUCCGUGGCCUUCAACUACCUCACCGGAUCACUCCCCACCGCACUCCCCGCCACGCUCGCCUCUCUGGACGUGCAAAGCAACUUCCUGGCGGGUUCCGUGCCGGCCAACACCAUCCCUUACUGCGCCAGCACGGGCAACUGCCUGGUGGACGCGUCCAAGUGUGCAUCACUGGGACUGCCACAGCGCAGCGCCGCUGAAUGUGCCGUCUGUGGCUCCAUUAACGGCCAGGGCGCUCUGUGUGCUGCUGCCACCAGCUGCCGGGUUGCUGCUGCUGGGGCUGGGGUGGCGUCCCCCCCCACUGCUCUUUCCGCUAGUCUCCCUCUCUUCUGCGAGGCUGUUCCCAUGGACUUGGUAACAACCCAAACCAUGCUGGCCAUCAAGGCCGCACUGGGGGUGACGCUGACAGACUGGACUGCCACGCUGCCGUUGCUCAAGCCCUCCAGCCCCACCUCGCCCAAGUCGCUCCCUCGCAGCAGCAGUGUGCUGCUGGCAGGGUCUCUGGGAACGUGCACGUUGGAGGGGCAGACUCCCGGCCCAGGCGCAUGGACCGGCGUCUAUUGCAGCACCAAGGGAGUUGUUGUGGGCAUCGACCUGAGCUCCAAUCUCUUCCAGCGCCGCCUGGAUGUCUUUCUCUCACUCGUCUCUACCAUCAAGGCACUUCAGAAUCUUCACCUGCAGAACAACUGGUUCUCUGGCUCCAUCCCCUCCUCUCUCGUCGCACUGUCUGCUCUUUCCACCCUCAAGCUGAACCGCAACUAUCUGACGGGCACAGUGCCGGCGUUCAAGGCGUCACUCAAGGCCCUCAACGUGGCCAGCAACCUGCUCUCGGGCUCCUUCCCCAUCGCCACCCUCACCGCCUGCGAUGCGCGCUCCAACUGCCUCUCCAGCGCCACCAACUGCGCCAACACUGCCGGCACAUCACUGCUGGCAGCCUCAGAGUGCAGCGUGUGUGGGUCCACCGAUGCUUCUGGUGUUCUGUGUGGGGGAGGGCUGUGCGCCCCUGAUGCCUCCGCCCCUGCUGCCUCCUCCACCCCCAACACGGACGGCCAGCCGCUGCUGCCACUGAGCUGCCUGGGAGUGCCCAUGGAUGCGGCCAUGUGGUUGGCGCUGCUGAGUGUGAAGGCAUCGCUGGGUGUCACGUUCACGGAUUGGAAUGCGGAUGCGCCGUGUGCACUGGCAGGGCAGGCCGUGGUGCCGGGCUCGUGGUCCAGUGUUGUGUGUGACGCCACCGGCAAGGUUCUCACCCUCGAGCUGAACAACAACCUCUUCUCAGGCCGCCUGGAUUCCUUCCUCACCCCUCUUCUCCCCGUCAAGACCCUCAAAGUCCUCCACGUGCACAACAACUACCUGUCGGGCGCCGUGCCACCAUCUCUCACUGCUUUCUCCGCCCUCUCUGAACUGAAGAUCCAGGGCAACUACCUGACGGGCAGCAUGCCGGCAGCGCUGCCGGCGUCCCUCAAGUACCUGGACUCAUCAGGGAACUACCUGGUGGGAACCUGCGGCACUACUGAGUGUAAAGGCAUCGCUGGGAGUGUCUUUCACCAGCUGGGCGGUGAGCUCGCCGUGUGCCGUGGAGGGAGUGGCAGCACCGCCAGGCGCGUGAUUGACUUGCCUAUCAUUUCCUUUCUGCCUGCACGUAUUGCCCUCCUACACACAUUGACCUCCUCCACGUAUCGCCCGCCUCCUCCCUCCCAACCCUAUCGCCUCGCCCAUGGCAGCAACUUCAACUUCAACUGGUUCUCUGCGUCCAUCCCCUCUGCCCUUGUGGGCAUCGCCUCCCUCACAUCAUUCGGUGCAAGCUACAACUACCUGUACGGCCCCGUGCCCAAGCUCGGCACGGCUCUCAAGACCAUCGACCUGCAGAAGAACUGGCUGUCCGGCACAUUCCCCGGCACUGGCUUCCUCUCCUGCUCUGCCUCCUCCAACUGCCUCGCCAACUCAGGCGCAUGCAACACCACAGGCACCACGCAGCGCCCAUUGGCUUCUUGCGCCGUCUGUGACUCUCCCACUGGGGCUGAUCCCAUCUGUGCCGGCGGCACCUGUGCUCCCAACACAGCCGGCCCUCUUGCCAUCUCCACUACCCCCACCGCCUCGUCUCCCAUUCUGCCGCGCUUCUGCGUUGGCGUGCCGUUGAACGCAGCGCAGGCCGCCAUUCUCCUCUCUGUCAAGACAGCUCUUGGGGUCACCUUCACCCAGUGGUCUGCCAGUACCAUUUCAGGAGCCCCCAAGGCCAAGACCCUUACCAACGAGAUCAGGAACGGGCCAAAGGCGCUGAAGCUGCGGCGCUUGGCAGAAGUUGAAGCGGUCAGGGAGAGGCUGCUGCUGGUGGCUUCACCCUCAGGGCAGGCGGGCCUGUGCACGAUUCAAGGCCAGACACCCGUCCCUGGCUCUUGGCCGGGCGUGUUUUGCUCUUCUUCCGGCAUGGUCGUCGGCCUGGAUCUUCGGAAUCUCCUGCUGCGAGGCACCGUGCAUGCCGACAUCUCCAAGCUCACCACACUCACUGCGCUCUACCUGUCAUCCAACCUCUUCUUCCAGCGUCUCGACUCCUUUGUGGCUCCUAUCCUGCCUACAGCCUCUAUCAAGGACAUUGCUGCUGCCACCACGCUCACCAUGACAUGUGCUGCCGUGCCCCUUGAUGCAGCCUCUGGUAAGCCCCCUCCCUCUCUUCCCUCCUACCACACAUGGAUGCCCUUUUCUCCUCUUUUGCCCCGACGUGCACUCCCACCGGCAGUGGCGGCACUGUUGAAGGUGGGGGCGGCUCUCGGGGUCAGAGACACGGACUGGCGCAACGGCAGCAAGUGCAACAUUGAGGGGCAGAGCGCCAACCCCAAGUCGUUUCCGGGAGUGUGGUGCAGCGCCAACGGCACCGUCCUCAACAUCGAUCUGUCCUACAAUCUCUUCUCUGGUCAGCUCUCCAAGUUCAUCUCCACCAUGCUGCCGCUCACCACCAUGGCCACUCUCCGGCUGGGAGCGAACUACCUGACGGGCACGCUGCCAGCCAUGGCCACGCAGCUGCAGGUGCUGGCCAUCGCCAGCAACCUCCUGGCGGGCGCCUUCCCCACGCAGCCCUUCCAGCUGUGCGACAUCCGCAGCAACUGCCUCUCCUCGCCGGGCUCCUGCACCAACGAUGCCGGUGUGGCUCAGCGCACCUCCGGCUGUGCCUUCUGUGGUUCCGCCACGGGCGCCCCGCCUUUCUGUGCGGGCACCACCUGCACUCCCGAUGUCGCUGCUCGCCUUGCCGCUGGCACUGUGAACAACCUUAAUGCCACCCUCCCAACAAUGUUCUGCGAGGCCGUUGCAGUGGAUGAUAACUCUGCGCUGGCACUGCUGGCACUGAGGGCGGGGCUGGGCGUGAGUGCUCUCAGCUGGGCGGUGGACUCGCCCUGCACGCUGGCGGGCAACGCCCCCGCGGUGGACAGCUGGACGGGCGUCGUCUGCGACCUCUCGGGCCAAGUGCUUAGCCUCAACGUGGCGUCCAACCUCUUGGAUGCGCGCAUGAGCGAGUGGGCUCUGCCUCUCACCGGCCUCAAGGCACUCAAGCAACUGUCUCUCAACUACAAUUGGUUCUCCGGCCCUUUGCCUUCAUUCCUCCUCGCCAUGUCCUCCCUCUCAGCGCUCAACGUGCAAUUCAACUACCUCGCUGGUCCCAUCACCGGCACUCCCUCUGCCUCCCUCAAGUCCCUCAACGUUGCCUCCAACCUCCUAACAGGAACCUUUCCAGCAUCUUCCACCACCGCAUAUGAUGCACGCAGCAACUGCCUAGCAGACUCCUCCAAGUGCCUUGCCUCAGGCUCCUCCUCCCAGAGGCUUGCCUCUGACUGCGACCUCUGCGGUGCUGGAAGUUCCAGUGCGGUGAUAUGCAAUGGAGGGGUGUGCAUGCCGGACACUACCGAACCGAUGGCUGCCCUCACACCUAACGAUGCCUCGGCUACGUUGCUGCCCAUGCAGUGCUCGGGUGCUCGCAUUGACGCCACAGCAGUAUCGGUGCUUGGGACUCUCAAGGCGGCGCUGGGAGUGCCUUACCCAGACUGGGGAGGGAACUCGCUGUGCACGGUGGUCAUUAUUGUUUCCGGAGUCAGCAGCUCCUCCCCUGGCCCGAGGGACUUGGGAGAUGUGUUGUGCAGCCCGGCCGGGGCUGUGGUGUCGAUUGACCUCAACUCGCGCCAGCUGGCUGGAUCCAUGCAUGCAAAUAUCUCCAAGCUCACUGUGCUCACUGCCCUCCAACUGCACUACAACUACCUGUUUGGGUUCAUACCCUCUUCUCUUAUCGGUCUCAAGAGCCUCUCCAAUCUGAGUGUGGGCUCCAACUAUCUCACUGGGAGCGUGCCAGUGCCAGGCACUGCCAUGAAGCACCUGGACCUUGAAAACAACUACCUCGUCGGAACAUUCCCAGCAGGCUCCUUGCUGUCCUGCUCGGCACGCACCAACUGUUUCUCGAGUGCGGCUGCUUGCAUGGCGGACGGAGGCAAAGGGACUGUUCAGAGAGCCACGUGCAGUAUCUGCGGCAGUGCCGAUGGCACGGGGGUGUUGUGUGGCGGCGGUGGUGCGUCCACCUGCCAGCCCACAGCUGAAUCCCUCGCAUCCCUCUCCUUGAUCAACAGCCCCAAUACCCCUGCGCUCCCUAUGGAGUGCUCCUUGCUGCCGGCUGUACCCGUCAACUCUACUGCCAUGGCGGCGCUGCUGAGCAUCAAGACAGCCUUGGGAGUGAUGCACACAGGGUGGGCGGCAAACGCUGUCUGCGCGCUGGCAGGGACAGCUGGCACUGUAGCGAGUGGGAGCUUGACCGGUGUGGAGUGUGACUCAGCUGGCAACCCCGUCAAGAUAACUCUCAACAACCAGCAGCUGUUCGGAGUGCUCCCUGCUGAUGUCACCAAACUCACAGCGCUUACUCACCUCCUGCUGGACUUCAACUGGUUCAAAGGCUCGCUGCCCCCACCUCUCCUCGCCAUGAUCAAACUCACCCAACUGAGCAUGGCGUACAACUACCUGACAUACCGCGUGCCACCGGUGUCAGCAUCUCUCAAGGCAAUCGUCCUCUCCAACAACUUCCUCUCGGGCACCUUCCCUGCCAACUCCGCCACCUCCUGCGUCUCUGCUGCCAACUGCUUCACCAGCGCCACCUCCUGCAACACUCCUACCGAGGGGGGCGUCACGGAGCAGCGAGCGUCGGGGUGUGAUAUCUGCGGCAGUGCGAGUGGUCAGGGCAUGCUGUGCGGUGGUACAGGGGUGUGCACGCCCAAUGCUGCUGCACUGUUCACUGCCAAGACAGUGAAUACUGCUGCUGCUGCUGUUCUCCCCAUGUCUUGUGUUGACCUUGUGUGUGCUGCAGCUGCACCUAUUGCCUGCCCGACUGAAUGGCGCUGCCAGGGUCUGAAGUGUGCUGCACCUGCCGUCUCCAACUGCAACGGCUACCUCUGCACUCCGUAG